AUGGCCGUGAACGGACAUUUCGCCGGCAUGGGCGGCCAGGCGACAAAAGAGCACCCUUCAAUCUCCAAAUACCUCGGAUUUGAGAAGCUCCUCCCCGUUGGCUUCAACUACCACCUCAUCUCCGUCUUUGGCUCCCAGUCAACCGGCAAAUCCACCCUUCUCAACCAACUGUUCGGCACAGACUUUGGCGUCAUGUCCGAAGAAGAUAGGCGGCAGACUACAAAGGGCAUAUGGAUGUCGAAUAACAAGAAAGAACGAGCAGAAGGAGACGCCAAGAAAAUGGCAGAUAAUAUAAUCGUAAUGGACGUUGAGGGCACGGAUGGGCGAGAGCGGGGGGAAGACCAAGACUUUGAACGCAAGGCCGCAUUGUUUGCUCUGGCUACCAGCGAGGUGUUGAUUGUGAAUAUAUGGGAACAUCAAGUAGGAUUGUACCAAGGUGCCAACAUGGGGUUAUUGAAAGUGGUGUUUGAAGUCAACCUAGAGCUCUUCCUUAAAGAUAAAAAAUCUAACCCCCGAUCACUCCUCUUCUUCGUCAUUCGAGAUCAUCUAGGCACCACUCCACUUGCGAACCUCAGAACGACCCUCAUAAAAGACCUUCAAAAGAUAUGGGCGGGUCUGAAUAAGCCUGCAGGGCUUGAGAAAUCACAGAUAGAAGAUUACUUCGACUUUGCUUUUGCCGCCCUUCCACACAAGAUUCUACAACCAGACAGGUUCAUUUCAGAAGUGGGAAAGCUUGGCACAAGGUUCAAAGAAUCUCAUCGAGACUCUAGAAGAGAUGGCCUACAAACCGACCACCAGCUCGAAGGUGGUGUCUUCCUCCCCGAAUAUCACAGAAGAAUUCCCGCGGACGGCGUUCCCAUCUACGCCGAACAAGUCUGGGAUCAAAUCGUCCACAACAAAGACCUCGACCUCCCUACCCAACAAGAGCUAAUGGCCCAAUUCCGAUGUGACGAAAUAUCCCGCGAAGUGCUCAUCGCCUUCGACGAAUCCAUCAUCCCGUUCGAAAACAAACAAGCCGAGGGCAUCCGCAUUGGCGCCCCCGAAGUCCUCGGCGGCCUCGGCGUAGCCAUGCGCACAGCUCGGAUGAAGACACUCAAGAAUUUUGAAACAGAAGCAAGUCGCUACCACAAAGGCGUCUACGCCCGCAAAAAGACGGAGCUCGAAGCGCAAAUUGACGGUCGCCUAAAAUCUCUCUUCCAGAACCAGAUCACCGCCUCCCACAAAUCAGGUGUCCGCCACUUUAGCGAAGCAGUCGGCGCAGCAGUAAAAGCCGGCCAGAAGAAAGGAAGCUACGACUUCGCCCAGAUUGUCGAAGCCGAGAAAAAGCGAGCCCUCGACCGUUUCGAAAAAGAAGCAAAAUCCACCCUUGUCGAGGGCGCGCCAUGGAGCUCCUACAAGCAAGAAAUUACACUCUACCAGAAAGAGCUAAACGAAGUAAGCCGGCAGCUCCGUCGCGACGAGAUGCGCCGCCUCGCUACACGGGUAGAGCGCUGGGUCAAAUCCCGACUCUCCGAAUCCGUGGGCCUCGAAUUCAAUGCGCUUGGUUCCGGGCGAGGUGGUGGUGGAGCUCCCGAACACGGUGAACGUGGGGCCGAAAAUGAGAUCUGGAAUCGUGUCUGGGAUGUCUUCGUCAAGACGGUGCGGGAAGCCGAACAGCGGUUUACCGAACGCGCGAAAUCUUUCGAUGCCAGCCCUGGCGAGGUGGACGUGGGCUUGUGGCGGCUACGGCGCAAGAGUUGGGGCGUGCUGAGGGCGAAGAUCGAGGAGGAGAUGAUGGAGGGCAACCUCCUGCUCAAAUUGCGCGAGAAUUUCGAGGAUAAAUUUCGCUAUGAUGAACAGGGCGUUCCGAGGAUUUGGAGGCCGAAUGAUGAUAUAGAUGGGCUUUAUACCAAAGCGCGCGAAUCGACGCUCACCCUUAUCCCUCUACUCUCGAAAUUCCAGAACUCGACAUCACGGGAGCCGCCGCCGCUCGACGACUUCAUUGGUGGGAUGCCAGAGGAGACGACCGUGGCUGAUGAAGAGGAUCUGCAGCCCAUCGGCGGCGUAGACGAAGAGGAGGGCAAGAGUCUAGAGGAGGAGAUGACGGUGCUGACGGAAGCGAAGAAGCAGGAUGUCACAGCCCGAUUCAAAAAGACGGCCGAUGGUGUGUACGUAGAGGCGAAGAGGAGUGCGAUUGGAGGGAUGACGCAGGUGCCGUUGUAUUUCUACGGGCUAUUGCUUGCGCUGGGGUGGAAUGAGAUUUUGGCUGUCCUCCGCAACCCAGCCUACUUCGUCCUCCUCAUCCUCUGCGCUGUCGGCCUGUACGUCACAUACAUCCUCAACCUCUGGGGCCCGAUCCUGCAGAUGACAAACGCGGCCUCCGCGCAGGCGCUCGAGGAGGGGAAGAAGAGACUUAGGGAGUUUUUAGAGAAUAGCGAGGCCGGACGGCAAGCGUUGGCGAUGGAGGGGGAUAAAGCUGGUUUGGGCGGGGGUAGGGUUGGGGGUGCGGGUGCGGGAGGGAAGAGGGAGGAGGAGAUUGAGUUGGAGGAGAUAUGA